UCUCUCCAUCGCUCUCUCGCUCUGAGUGCGCGAGAGGAGUUCGGGCAGCAGCUACGUCAGCCGUCAGCGAGCAGCUGAGGAGAGCUGUGGAACUCACAUGUGUGUGUGUGUGUCUCUCUCUCAUCCUUCUCUCGUAGUCUCCAGCUCAUGCCUCUACUCUCUCUGGAGUCUACGGCUGUGGCACAUCCUGGGGCACUGACACGGCGAACGAAGCACCUCCUCUCACCAUCUGCACUCUGCUCCUCAAACAGCAGCAGACCACAAGGAGAAAAGAAGGAGAGAGUGAAAGCCAAGAAUGGAAGAAAUCAAGAGAGAGACGAGAAUCUGAAGGAAAAGUGCGGAGGUAAGAGAGACUGAUGGACGGAGUAGAAAAAGUAAGUGAAGAAUUAGUAUUAGAAGAAUGAAACAGAGAUGAAGUAAGGAACGCACUUCAAACUGUUAAGAGCGAUAUUUGUUAUAAAUAGGACAUAGCUGAGUCCGGAAGAGAAUAACAACCUCAGAGAAAGAAGAUUUAGCAAAAACAAAAAUGUUCUAACAGCCACAGCGUGGUAGAAUAGCUGCUGAAACGGAAAAGAGCAAAGGCUCAGGGAGAGAUCAGCAGGAGGGAUCAGAGUCAUUCGCAAAGGACUCUUCACAGCCCUGGCCAACCACAUGCCCAUCGAAUUUGUUUGUAAAAUCAAGUUUGCUGAGGGCGACGAAGCCAAGGGGGCCUCGACAGAAGGAGGCGGAACCGUUAUGCUAGAUGAAGGCCUUCGGCGGCGAAACGGAGGCAUGGCUGACCUGGCGUCCUUUGCAAGCUCCUCUUCGCUACACGGUCUGGCUCGGGUGUUGGGGAACUCGGGGCGCUUGGGCUUCAGACAGACCCUCUGGGGACUGGCACUGUUGGUCUCGCUUGGUCUCUUCCUGUACCAGGCGACAUGGAGCACAGCGACUUAUCUGGAGCGACCCCACCUCGCAGCUAUGAGGGAAGAAACCCGCCGAGAGCUCACCUUCCCGGCCAUCACGCUCUGUAACGUCAACCGAUUCCGCUUCUCAGCCCUCACCGACGCGGACAUCUACCACUUGGCUAACCUCACUGGCCUCCCGCCCAAGAGCCGUAAAGGACACCGGCCAAGUGAGCUCCAGUACCCACCCCCUGACAUGCUAGACAUUUUCCAGAGGACUGGCCACCAGCUGGAAGACAUGCUGAAGAGUUGCAACUUCAGCGGGCAGAACUGCUCGAGCGAAGACUUCAGCGUGGUGUAUACACGAUAUGGGAAAUGUUACACGUUUAAUGGAAACAAGACGUCACCCAAGCGGGUAAGGCAAGGUGGCACAGGAAACGGCCUGGAGCUGAUGCUGGAUAUUCAGCAGGACGAGUAUCUGCCCAUCUGGAGAGAAACCAAUGAGACGACACUGGAGGCAGGUAUUCGGGUUCAGAUUCAUAGUCAGAACGAACCCCCGUACAUCCACCAGCUGGGCUUUGGGGUCUCUCCAGGAUUCCAGACCUUUGUUUCCUGUCAGGAACAGAGGCUAACAUACCUGCCACAGCCGUGGGGAAACUGUCGGGCUUCAUCUGAACCUGUGAUCCCAGGAUACGACACCUACAGUGUCAGCGCUUGCAGGCUGCACUGUGAGAGCACACAGGUGCAGAGAGAGUGCAACUGCAGGAUGGUGCAUAUGCCAGGCAAUGCUGAUAUCUGCACACCCAGUAAAAUCAAGUGUGUUGACAAGGCGUUAGCUUUACUCCAGAAGAGCACUGGUGACUCAUGCCCCUGCGAGACACCCUGUAAUUUGACUCGGUAUGGAAAAGAGCUCUCUAUGGUUAAAAUCCCCAGCAGGGGCUCUGCUCGCUACCUUUCUCGCAAAUACCAGAAAUCGGAGGAAUACAUCAGAGACAACUUUCUCAUCUUGGAUAUUUUCUUUGAGGCUCUUAACUAUGAGACAAUAGAACAGAAGAAAGCAUACGACAUCGCUGGUCUGUUAGGAGAUAUUGGUGGACAGAUGGGACUCUUCAUUGGGGCCAGUAUUCUUACUAUACUGGAAAUUCUUGACUAUAUCUAUGAGGUGGUCAAACACAAAAUCAAGCAACUCCUGAAACCAAAAAAGAGUCAGAAACAACAAAACCAACGGAACUUGAUCCAAGAGCAGAUCCAGAGAACAAAGAACCUGCGAGAACAGAACCUGAGAGCUCAGCUGGCAGCCGGAACUAUAGCUACAGUAAGAUUCGAAGAAGUCAAAGUCAAGGCAGCUAAUGAAGUGGCUCAACCGCACAGUGCACAUCCAACUUCAAUAUUACCAAAUCAUCACAAUGCACAAGCAGUCCUACAGCAGGACUUUGCUUGUUAAGGGACGCCUCUUCUUCUCUUUAUUUAUUUUUUCAUAUCACUGAACUUGAAAUUGGGAUCCUGGAUGGACCCUGCACACUGAAAUACAAAAGUCUUUUUUUUUCCACUUCUAAAAGCUACAGCCAAAGCCUAAUCCAGGACCUUGUGUGAAACCGGCUUAAACCAGUCACAGCGUCACUGUUCUCAUUGUUCAAGUCAAUACCAGAUGAAGAAACCACACCAUGUGUUUCACAUGUGCUUUUGUUGAUUUCCAUCUGGAUGGACCUAUCGUGGACUUCAAAGAAGAAAGGACCAGAGAGGAUAUGAAUGUUGCAUUUCAUAUAAAUUACCUAUUUGAUAGGACAAAAAUAGAGACUAAAUGAAAGGUAUAAGAAAAACAGAGAGAUGAAGCAAGCACAGCUGUUGCUUAGUGAAGAAAAAAGUUGGUUUUAUACAUGGCUCUUCCUUUGGUAAUGUACAGUGCUUGCACCAUUUCACCUUUUCACAUUUCUUAAUAACAUAAUGAGACUUCUCAGUAGGAGAAAAGCUAAAAUAUAGCACUCGUUUCUCUGUGAGUAGGUGUUAUGUUCUUUUUCAGUCUUAUGUAACUUUUCCAUUGUGCUGUAGUCUUUAUAAUGAAGCAGUCUGUCUCUACGUUUGAAACAUGGAAAACAUCACAACUAGAGCACACUGUUUGCUAAAAUCAUCUCUAGUAAAAAUAAAUAAAAUUAAAACUAUUAACUAAUAUUCUUUAUAUGAAUAUAAAAAUGUAAAGGUGAUAUUUAUUUUGUUUUCAAAUACAAGCACAUUCAAAUACAAAUAGAUAUUUAAAAUUGUAGUAACAUUUUGGUGAAUAUACAUCAUUUCCAUCUGGUCAUAAAUCUUAAAUAAUAUUAAUAAUAAUAAUAUCAUCAGUCUGAAAAGGACUAGAACAGUAACACUGACUACAGAUGAAACAAAGCUGUCAGAGUAUAACCUUAAAACCACCAUCAGUCCUUUUUUUUUAAUAAUUUCAUGUCUUGAAUAACAUGUUGGAGACAGAGCCUUCUGAUUGAAUAUGCAGAAUUUCCACAAUUAACCUUGUACAUGAAAAAAUCGGCUUUUACUGCCAUCUAGUGGGCCUAAUACUAAAACACAAACACCUAUCAUGUUUUAUCAACACCACUUUGUAUGAACUUUGCAACACUAAGUCAAAGUCUGGUGGCUGCAAAACGGUGGACAUUCAAGGGUAGAAAUGUUAUAUGGAAUCAUGCAGUUCUGCAAGUUAUUGUGGAAGUAUUUGGUGAAUAAAAGUUUUUUUUUUUUUUUUUUUUAACAGAACAUCACAUGGGUGCGCUAAUGACUGUAAUGCAAGUUGUGAGCAAAUAGGUUGUGAUCACAUAAAGAUAGUAAUAUAAUUAUAAUAAUUAAACUAUACCGUCACCUACAUGGACACAUUUUCAACAAAUAGAAUUAGAGCUUUUUAAAGGGGUCAUCGGAUGCCCAUUUUCCACAAGUUGAUAUGAUUCUUCAGGGUCUUAAUGAAAAGUCUAUAAUAUACUUUGCUUAAAAAUUCUCAAUGGUAGUGUAAAACAACACCUUUUUACUUUGCCAAAACAGCUUUGCAAAAAUCAUCUCAUUCUGGUCGAGGCUGCUUUAAAUGCAAAUGAGCUCUGCUCGCCCCGCCCCUCUCUUCUCGAUGUGGAGUGAUGAGCAUGUUUAUUUUAGCCGCCUUUAGCCGCUAAUCUUGCUAACUAGCACAUUAUUAGGAAAGGCGAUCGCAAAGGUUUAUAAAAAAAACCCUUAUACUCACUUCUGCUGUAAGUGAAGUGAGGGGAUAUUAUUUUUACAGAUUAAUUAAAAACCACUGCAUGGAUUUUUCUCUUUAUAGGGUAGAUUUGUACAUACACUGCCAACACACAUUAAUGUUCAAACAACAUGUACAAGUGAUCUUAGCAUUCGAUGACCCCUUUAAGCUCUUCAUCUGUAACCAUUUCUGUUAGCAGCAGCACGGCGUACACAGUAAACAUCUGCAGUGUGAUGCACUAACUCUAUAAUCUCAUUACAGCUCAUUUCAGUUCCAAAGAGUCCAACACCUGGUUCUCUGCUCACAGACAUCUAUUGUAAAGGAAAUAUGGAAGGAAAAAACAAACAGACCAACCACCUAAACAUAAUUUUGACAUAAAUAGUCUUAAAUAUUUGGUUUAUGGGCAAAACAAAACAACAAAAAAAGUGGGUUGCAUAGCUGAGAUGCAUUUCACCGUGAAGAAGCAGAUUUAAAGGCACAGAGUUUUACGUGGACAAUAUAGUUAUGUUGUCCCAGACAGCCACAGCUCACGGGAAAAGGAAGUGUGGGUGGAAUACUGGAAUGUAUUUCAAACAUGGGUGGAUUCAGAAAACUGGAAUAAUGCAAAAUACAUUGUGGAAAUAGCUUUAUACAUUCGCCCUUUCUAAACUGUCCAGUAUUGUAAACAUACUUUAUCCUCUCUUCUCUCAGCUGUAGCCACAAUAAAAAUGCAAAGCAAAUCC